CCGGUCCACUCAAGCGAGCUGUUGUAGUAGGCGGGCCGCGGGCGCUCCUUCGGUCUCGCAAAUCAAGAGAUACAUAGCAGUGCCCUACACAGGAGGCCUACAGGCCUACAGUAUGGACCGGCCGACUACCGGCGGGCGGCGACAGGAGGCUCGCCCUUCUGAGAGGGAGAGAGAGAUGGAGGCGAGCAGCAGCCGGAGCCGGAGCGGAAGUCUCCCCUCGAAGCGGCGCAGCGGCGGCGGCGGCGGAGGAAGCGGGUACGGGCUGACGGGGCAGUCGCUGAACGACGACACCCUCCGCUCCAUCUUCUCCCACGUGGACGACCACUUCGACCUCGCUCACUGCUCCGCCGUCUGCAAGUCAUGGCAUACGAUUAUCAGCACAGCCCAUGUGAUGAGGGAUCUAUAUUACAAGAGGAAUCCGCAGGCAAGAGGCUCGAGUUCUACUAUUUCAGUCAAAAGUUAUUUUGAGGCGCUUGCCAUGAAUGAGCACGCAUCAACUCUCGCUAGUGGGUCUGCUGAAGUUCAUCAGUGGAUUGGUCAUGAUAUGAGGGCCACCUUGUGCCGUAUGAAAAGCGGUUCAGUCUUAACUGGAAUGGGAGAUAAGGUUCUUCGACUUUGGUCUGCUGAAAGUUGCAAAUACAUGAAUGAGUACAAUGUUCCAAAUUCCAAAAUGUUGGUUGACUUCGAUUUUGAUGAAAAUAAGAUUGUAGGUUUAACUAGUUCCCAGGUUUGCAUAUGGAAACGCAGUGGACCAAGAAGUAUAUUUCAAUCUCGUGGAGACACAUUCAAUCAUGGGUUAUGCAUGAGUUAUGCCGAUCCAGAGGUUGUAAUUGGUUGUGAGGAUGGUAGAGCCUUUGUAUAUGACAUGUACAGCAGGAGUUGUUCGAGCAUUCACCGGCUUCACCCUUCCCCGGUGACAUGCUUGGCAGUAACAGAUGACCAGCUGAUCGUUGGUGGUUCUACAUUUGGAAAUGUAGCUAUUGCAGAUCAAACCUCAGGAGAGAGGUUAGGCCUUCUAAAGUCAGCUUUUGCACCAACAGUGAUAAGAUGCUUGUCUUUCAGUGCAAAUUCACACUUAAUAUUCGCGGGCUCAUCUUCUGGUUAUGCACAUUGCUGGGACUUAAGGACCCUGAGGCCUCUCUGGGAAACAAGAGUUAGCCCAAAUGUCAUCUACAGUGCACAUCAUUUGCCUGGUGACACUUCGACGCUGGCGGUCGGUGGUAUUGAUGGUGUCCUUCGCCUGGUAUGCCAGAGAACUGGUGAGACUAUUCGAAGCUUCAUCAUGGAUACAGGCUACCCAGCACAGUCCAGCUCCAGGCCACAAGCUGAACAGAAGAAUGUCCGCCCAGUGGAAUCUGGCCCCAGGCAGCAAGUCGAAAAGAAGAGGGUCCGUGAAAUCGCUCCGGAUGCUCGGCUGGACAACAUUCCUAUGCACCUGCGCCCGCCAAUCACCGGCCUGUCGGUGGGCAUGAGGAAGAUCGUGACCACGCACGGUGAAAACUACAUCCGCGUCUGGAAAUUUCGCUCGUAGAGUGCUUAGAUUGGUCAUCGGGAAUCAGAAGAACGUGCGCUGUUUGUGAACGAGAUGCUGUAAGUGAGCUUGUAACAGUACCCUGAAGAUGUAGUUUUGGUGUUGACGUCGUACCUGUAUCGUCGAAGAUUUAUUGUCGUAUAUUGCCGUGGAAAAGAAUAUUUAUGUCCGAAUUUUUCUCCGGAAGGAAAAGAGAAUUAUAGCGA